GGUGGGGUGGAUUCCAAGGUUGGGCGCCACGACGUGACAGUUUUCUUUAACAGGACUAGCGCAACAGGGGUGCCCCUACCAAGUCGCUUGACAAAGCCCAUUGAAGUCAAGGCAACAAGCUCUCUCAAGUCCCAUUCUCCCACCGACAUCGACGUUACCAACGCAACACUGGAGCGUGCAACACGGUGUCUGGCUUCGACUUGAUCCAGAUGGUGUAGCUACGCUCAGGACUAUUCCCAGUUUGGGUACACAGGAUUGCGAGACCCAUCUCAUACCACAAAUGACUGUUGGACCAUCGGACACAUUAUCUACGACGUUGCCACCAAGAAAGGAAUGCACUGUACUGACCCAGAGCGAGCAUUGAGCAGGUCGAAAGCGUGCCGAAAUUGUCUAUCGAGCUGCGCACGAUGAGGCUCUGCAACGUAUGCGUUGGCAUGCUUCGAGGAGGAAAGGGCGAUAUAUGGACCGGAACCCACGACUUGACUUUCGAGCAUCAUAAGAGCACUGCCAGUCUGAGACGGUCUCGGAAAGCAGACUGCAUGAUUUGCGUCGUCUUGGCUGGGCUCUAUCGUCGAGCCGGAGCAGACAUCCUAGAUGAUCGACCAAUGUCCAUUCAAGCCACGAUUCACAGACUUGAGGCUCACCAUCAUAAUCUUCUCGACGAGAGAACUCCUGCAGAAGAAACGACCAACCAUGCUGCCGCCGUCUCUACUCAAGUGCAAGGUACUGAUUCAGCUCGCCGUCUCGAAGAGUUGAGGCGAAAGUUCACCGCUGUAUUUGAAGAGAACAUCAGCAUCGAAGUGUUACCCCAGAAUGAGUUGCGGGAGAUUACUAAUGAACUUCUCAAACUCACCAAGAAGAAGUCUAAUUUCAAGGGUUUCCGGCUCGAUUUUGAUAUUGAAAAGCGGUAUACGCGAACUUUUCUACUGAAACCAAUAAAUUACGAUACCAGCGCGUUGCGUACGCCAAAGUCUACAAAUACCUCGUCGGAUGAAGUAUUCGAGAGAGCUUGUGACUGGAUCGCGAAGUGUGAUAGAAAAUGCGACUGCUCUCGAAAAGCAAGCACGGCUUGGUAUCCCAAGCGCUUACUGGACCUUGAGAAGCUGAGUAAGGCUCAUGGACUCAAGUUUCCCGGCGGUCUCAAGGUCUUGUCCGAACGUGCUGAUCUACGGAAGACAAAGGUUCACUUAAUUGACGGCACUGAGGCGUCCGGGCGCUACGUGACGCUGAGCCACUGUUGGGGCAAGCCGAAAAGUGUGCAAGGUCAACUGAGGUUGACAGGCAAGACUGAGCGGAAGUUUAGAGUAGAAGGUAUCGAAUUGCGUGAACUGCCCAAGUCUUUUCGUGAUGCAAUGCUGUUUGCCUCUCGUCUAGAACAUGUUCGGUACAUCUGGAUCGACUCGUUAUGUAUCUUACAGCCUGCCGUAUUUUCGACGGACGACUUUGAAGACAAAUCGGAGCAAGACUGGCGAGAGCAGAGUCGCGUGAUGGGUGAAGUGUAUAGCCACUCGUACCUUAACAUCUCUGCCACCGCUGCGAAAGAUGGCGAUCAAGGUCUAUUUGUACCUCGCCGUCCAGAAUAUCUCUGGGAAAAUGAAAUCAAUGUAAACUAUACCGGCACAAACUCAUUUGGCUCUGAAGGAGUAACGAUGGGGCGGGACGAGUUGACACGGUGUAACAUCAUCGAUCUUUCGUUCUGGUCAGAGCUAGUAGAUCAAGCGCCUGUCAAUCAGCGUGGCUGGGUUCUUCAAGAGCGACUGCUCGCUCCGCGAGUACUCCACUUCUGCCACAACCAAAUUGCUUGGGAGUGUGGCGGCUUCCAAGAUGUUGAGGGCUAUCCAGACAAGCAUACGACACUUAAGGUACGAUACGGUGACAUAAUAGAUGAAGGCCGCCUAAAAGACCUUGACGAAAGACACGGCCUUCGAUUACGGGAUUUCCGCCUCAAGGGCUCCCCGGACCCAGACAAGCACAUGCCCAAGCUAGGAGCGUAUGAACUGUGGAAGUGCAUGGUCGAAGUGUACUCUCGUACAAGGCUCACCGUGUCGCGAGACAAAUUAAUCGCGUUAUCUGGUAUUGCUCAAAAGUUCUUUGAGAUAACACGUUGUGAGUAUGUUGCUGGUAUGUGGAGGGAGCACCUUGAGAGCCAGCUCCUGUGGCAAGUGAACGAGCUGUAUCGAGACGGUGUUUUCGAAAACCCUGCACAUCGCGACGCGCUACGAUCCCCGUCGUUCUCGUGGGCAGCUAUUGACACUCCACAUGGCAUUACCUACGGAGAGGUCACGGAUUACGGCCGAGACAGACAAGAACAGCUUCUCUUCGAAGUAACAGGGACUCAGAUCGAAAUUGACGACCGUAAUAACCCUUUUGGUCUGAUAAGAUCAGGUCAGCUUCGCAUAAAACCCAGAUAUCUACGCCAAAUCAUUUUGCGCAGACUUGAGCCGCCAUGGCGUGUUCCAUAUGGUUGGCGCCUACGAGACGAAGCGUAUCCAGGGCAAGCAGCUCCUGCGGAAGAGCCAUCUGCCGAGAAAGAGCAGUCGGCUAUAAGAAAGGUUCAAUCCAUCGAGCACUACAACCUCAACCUUGACGCGCCUGAGUCCGACGUGGAUGUCUUCGCACGCGACGCUGAUUUGUAUUGUAUGCCAGCAGCAUUUGGAGACAGAACAGUCAAGAAACACUGGCGUGACUUGAUAUGUCUUCUAUUGAUCAAAGAUAAGGCAACUGCGUCAGAAGACAUUAGAUCCACAGGCCAAUUUCGAAGAAUUGGCAUUACAAGGCUUUCCAGUGCUGUCCACUGGAAGUCUCAUCGAAUCUUGACGGAGCAACCGUUUGAUGGUGACAUCAUCCUGAAUUGAUUUGUGGUCCAAAGCCUAGAUAGGAGUUUGAGCCUUACAAAUAGUUGCGAGAAAUAUGGAACUCUAAUGCAACGGUCCUCC